AUGGCACUUUCAUUAGAAAAAAGAGAAUUAAUUAUUGAAAAUUUUCUCCAAGGAAAAAGUGACCAAGAAAUUGCAAUUUUAAUUGGUGUGGAUAGGUCAACUAUUUACCGAAUUAGAAAGCAUUAUCAAAAAACAAACUCAUUAGAACCAAAACCAAUUCCAGGACGUCCAAGAAAAUAUAAUGAACGAACAGAAAGAUUUUGUAAAAAAUCUAUAUUAAAUGGUAAAUCAAAUAAUGCAGGAGAGUUAAGUAAACUUGUUCAAAAAUCAUUGGAUAUAAGACUUUCAAACUCAACAAUUGGAAGAAUUCUUAAAAGACAAAAUAUUUUUUAUAAGUAUUCGAAAUGCAAUAAAAAAAAUUCAAAAAAAGCAUAA